CUGCAAUAUGGAAAAGGGACACCGGCUCAUCUGUCUCCUCUUUGGUUAAAUGGACAGGUUUUGUCUGACAUGCCGAAUCAAAUCAGCUCUUCUUGAUGUCCAACGGGGCUUGGAGGAAGACUCACGUUUGUUGCUUGGAACGGACAAGCAAGGCAACAGGAACUUGGAGCUAAUCAAAUCUGUCCACGACCUGAAACUGACCAACAAGGUUGAGGCCAGUGAUAGCGACUCAGAUAUUGAGAGUAAGCUGGAGAGCUUGUCUGUUUCUGAGAGCAAGACCAAAUACAAGAAUUAUCUUGAAGCUUCAGAGUUCCAAUGGAAGUCCCAGACCAUCCAGGAGGACCCUCUGGAAGGAUACACAAAAACCAAAAUCAAGAG